AAUGCAAGUAAUGGUGAGUUAAAAGAAGAAGAUUUGCGAGGAAUUUUUAAAGAAUUUGAUUUGAAUGGUGACGGAUACAUACAAAAAGAUGAAUUGAAUGCGGUGAUGGUCAAAAUGGGCCAACGACCAACAGAUGAUGAGCUGAAUGCAAUGUUUAAUGCCGCGGACAAGGAUAAAGAUGGCAAUAUUGAUUUUGAUGAAUUUCUAUCGAUAGCUCAUGCAAAUCCGCUCUCAUUAUCCUUGAAAGCUGUUUUCGAAGAAUUAGACGUAGACGGUGAUGGAUGUAUCACUCGAUCGGAGUUACGCACUGCGUUCCAACGAAUGGGACAUAAUCUUACUGAUAAUGAUAUCAAAGCUAUUUACAAUCAAGUGGAUAUUAACAAAGAUGGAAGAAUUAAUUUUGAUGGUAACGACUUUUUUUUCCUCUUAAAUUGA